CAGCUGACGCGUGAAGAGAGUCCGGCACAUCCAUUGUCGAGACACACGCACACAACCACACAUAUCAUAUCAACGCAUCAACACCAUAUAUCAACAGCCGACCAGAUGACAUUACAGAGAUAAUGCACCUCUCCCUCCAUCCCUCCCUCUCGACUGCUGCCAACAGCACAUGACAACACUCAGCAGCUCGAAGUGUCCCCCACCCACACACCACACACACCGCCCCCUCCCUCCCUCCUCCCUCCUUCUCUCAGUUGAUGCCGAGUGUCACCCACUUGCCCCGCUCGUCGAUGCCGCCCAGCUGCUGCCACCCACAAAACUGACAGUCGGCAUUGCCCAAAGGCUCGCUAAAGCCCUUGUCGAUGGCCCCCUCCCCUAUGCCGUGUCGGGCCGCCUCGUCCAGCCGGGCCCUAUGCACCACCUCACGCACACCCACACGGCCACGUGUGUGCAGCACCUGUGUGGGCGGCUGUCGGCUCUGAUGGCGAAGCAUUGCAGCGGCACCCGCACCGUCACGCCGCCCACAUUGGCCGUCCCGCCCACCACCUCCCUGUUGCUGCUGGCAUACAACGCCGACUUGACGAAGUGCUCGAUAGCCGCACACACGGCGGGCCAUGUCACUGUCGCGGAUGCCGAUGUGGGCACUGAUGGCCUCGUUGGCGGCGUCUUGGUCGAAGCACAUGGCGGCGAUCUUCCAGCCGAUGGCCUCUGACUCGUGUGGGCCGUAUCCAGCGGGGGCGGGGGACAGAUUGGCCGCAGGGGCGUGAGGGGGCUCCAGCAGGUGGGGCAGGAGAGUGGGGAGAGACUUCAUAAGGAAAGCAGCCAGCGACCGCUGAGGGGCGAGGGCGGCAUUGACGGCCGCCAUCGCCUCCGUGCGGAUGUCGUUGAGCACUCUCAUGCACCGGGGCAGCACCAGCUCGCGCCAACGGCGGUGCCAUGCCGUGUCUGUGGGCAUCUGGCCGACGUCGGCUCCGCUUCGCAGCAAGGUGCGGAUGAUGGCCUCGCGAAUGGGAAUCUCACUGGUGGCAUGGUCCCUGACGUCUUGCUGAUUGUUGACGUCUUGCGAGAACUCAAUCGAUGCAUAGAGGUUGCAGGCGGCCAGAUGCAGCGGUGUCCGGUUGGGGUCGCCCGUCGUCUUCCCUCUGUCGAUGUCCGCUGCUGCCACAUGGCGGCAGAGGUAGUCGGUCACACAGGGAGAGCCGGCACCUGCCGCCAGGUACAGAGGCGUCGAUUCAGACCCACUCACUGCCGUCAGACUCGCCCCGUUGUCCACCAGCAGGUCCAGUGCGUCCCUCCCUCCCUGCGGGCUGCACUGUGGAUCAGAUUGCCGUUCAAGUCUUCUUCGGUUGCAAGUGUGGCGUCUUGCUGGAUGAGCCGGCGAACUAUCGACAGCAGCCGCUCCUCAUAGACGGGGGACACCUGGAUUCGGUCAAGGAUGGGCCGGGGCAGAUCCAUGACGAAGGAAAGGCCGGGAAAGGACGGCGCACCGCAGCGCCGCGCGCGAACAAGACCCUCAUUGCGCUCUCAUUGCCCCCACGGAUUGCUAUCCUGAUGGGUUCGCUGUCCCCCCAGGUCGGCUCGUUGAUGCGGGCGCCUCCGUCGAUGAGGACAUUCAAGAUGGCCGCCUCGGCCUCAGGCGACGACCAAUGAGGCAACGUGAGUACGCAGCGUCGACACGUGCGUCGACCAUGGAUGAUGCCGAAGUCCACUGUCGGCAUAGCGCUGCCAUUCCAAUUGUCGAUAGCAAGCGAGAACAGCAGAUACCGCCCUGUACGAACGGGAUGCCGAGACCCGCAGUCGCACGCCUCGCCAGGACCCAGCAUCCGCAGCCGGACUUGAUGGUUGGGGUCGGCACCAUUGUGGAUGAGGUCCGUGACCUGCUGCUGGUGGGUGAAGGUCCGACGAAUAAUGCCCUCACUCAGCUGUCGGGUCUGACGACAAAGGGUGCAAUGGAUGCGGUCAUGCGUUUCUCUCUCUCUCUCUCUCUCUGUGUGUGUGUGUGUGUGCACCUACCGCAUUGCUGGUGCCAUCCCUGUGCCUGAUGUCGAUGUCCUCGAGCCGCAGACAGCCAUCCCCACUGGCCGCCAUCACUCACGCGACCUGCUUACACAUCACCCGCAAAGAGGCAGAUCACACACGGGAUGCUUCCUCUCUUUGUGAACCCAUUCGCACCUUGUCAGUGAGUGUGUGAUUCGCCGUCAGUGAAGACAACACGCACCGGCCACGGGGAAGAUGUCGUGCGAAGCAGACAGAACACCACACAGUGUCGUGCCUGCCCUCCUUCCUCUCUAAGGUGCGCUCGCCUUGCUCCCUCUCUGCCUCCCCUUCUCGCACCUCUUUCUGCGAGCGGAACAGAGCUAGCGUAGCCAACAGAUGAUUGGCACCUUCCGCUCUUG